UCCAAAACGUCACUUUAUUGCCAAAGGAUGACGUAAAACCUACACAAUUUUUUUUUUGUAAACAAUUUGUUUUUUUUUCUGCUUAAUUUUAAUGUGAAAUUUUCUAUAAAUUCACAUUCCACGAAAUCCAAGUGAAUGAUCAAGUCACAAAUCAAAUCAUCCUCAACUACAAAUUAAAAUCUCUGUGUGAAUGCUAUUCCAGUUGUGGAAUCGACCGCUGGCAGCUGCAACUCGAGCUGCUAGAACUCGCGAACGCCUUGGUGAUGAUUUGAUCGAUAAACUCGAUAGACUACACGAUGGAGUCCUGCGGACCGGUGUUGUCACAGAGUCUGACUUGCGAAUGGCCUAUCGCAAGUCACUCGAACAAGAACAACGGAAUCACUUGAAUCCGUGGUAUGCCAUCGGCAUUCUUUUAUUCAUUAUGUUAGCCACGCCUGUGUUCUUUGGAACGAUCCAUUUCAUUUUGGGUGUUCGCUGCUUCCUGCCAAAUAAUUAUCUUGUUUGGGAAGCGACUCGUCCGAUUAGUGAUUGUGGAUUUUGCAGUUCUGUCCAGGGACCAUUGAUAUUACAAAAUCUAACACGUGAAGAGUUCGCUCCAUUUGCAUACUCCUCUCAGCCAAUUAUUAUCAAAAAUGCUGUUGCUCAUUGGCCAGCAGCAAAAAGUCUGAAUUUUACGUAUCUUAAAGAUUUAUACGAACGAACUCCGGGUGCAUUGGAUGAAGAUUGUCAAUUCUUGCACUUUAGAUCUGAUUUUAAGUCGUUGAAAGAAGUUUUUCUGAUGUCCGAUCAGAGAGCUAAUUUUGUUGGUGGCAGCAAUCAACCAUGGUAUGUUGGUUGGAGUAAUUGUCAUCCAACUGUGUUGGAAGAACUUAGAAAAUUAUAUCCGAGACCACAUUUUCUGCCCGAAGAUGCAGAAAUGCCAAAUACGGAUUAUAUAUUUUUGGGAUAUGAACAAGGUGCUUUUAUGCAUUUGGAUUAUAUCCCACGCCUUAUGUGGCAAGCUCAAUUACAGGGCAAUAAAAGUUGGAUUCUUGCCCCUACACCAGAAUGUGAUCAUUUAUGUCAUUCCUUUUCAUUCUAUGUGGAACCUGGUGAUGCUGUUCUCGUGGACACUCGAAUAUGGUACCAUGGAACAUCAAUACCAAAGGGUCAAUUUGCUCUAACCAUACAAUCCGAGUAUGGUUAAUCGAAAAUAUUUCUCAUUCGUAACAACAACAAAAAAAAACCUAUACUCUAAUGUAAAAUAUAUUUAAAUUAUUUAUCCGAAACUAUUCCAUACUUCGUACGCAUCUAAUAUUAAGACAGAAAGAUGAUUUAGUUCAGCUUUUACCAAAAAAAAAAUCUUGCCACAAAUAUUGGUAAUUUAAUUUAAUAAUAAUCAAUUAAAACCCUAUUAUAGGUAUAAACCCAAUUCAACUAUCUUGCAACAAAUCAAAUUCUAGAUCUUUAAUAAAAGUUUAACCCACCCUGUUGAAAUUUUUAGAGAAUUACAAAAUACAAUAAAAUUACCUACUAAAGAAGUUAUUUUUCAAAAUGGAUUUUAAAACAAUUGUUUAAAAUUAGAAUAGUUGAAACUAUAAUGCUUACAGGUAUCCAUUUUUGAAAAGUAACUUCCAAGUCACCUGUCCAUUAAAAUUACAACAAUUUUCAAAAAUAAAUUAAUAUGCAAAUAGUUUUAUGAAUGCAACAAAUCUCACAAAAGAUUCUCCACUUAGGCAUGUUUUAUUAUGUUUCUCUCUGUAAACAUUCUGCCGUUUUUCUGCCUAAACAGAAUGUAUUAUUAGUUAUUAAAAUAAAUUUAUAUAAACUCAAUUAAAUAUAACAUUGCAUGUGUAUUUAAAAUAAGAAAAUCACUUGCAAAUCAUUGAAUCAAAGACUGUUUGAAAAUUAAAUCAUUUUCGAAAAAAAUUACAUAAAACUUUUUACCUUAAAAAUUAACAUUUAUCCAAAAUUUAUAAACAAAAAUUCUUAUCGAAAUCUCAAUUUAAAAGAAUUUACAAAAAAAUUCGU